AUGCCGUCAAUCUUCAGCCUGAGCAGCCUCCCCUCCCCCACCGCCGUGCUCUUCCUUAUCGUCGGCUUCCAGCUCGGAUGGAUCUCCACGUCAGUUAUCGUGCCAGCGUGGCAGCAACAGCACCGGCAGCAGGGGCCGUGCGUGUCACCUGACGACCCCGGAUGCGCCAGAGGAAAUACCCUUCCGUUCUUAUCCUUCUUCUCCUCUUCUUUUGAAAAUUCAUUCCUCUCUGGAGCUAGGAGCGGUGAACUCGGCUCUGUUAGCGAAGAGCCUUGUAACGCGUCGCUGGUGCUGUUGAAGCAGCAGCAGGACGCUAUUCUGCAAUCCCUGCAGGAGCAGGAGGUGGGGAUUCAGAGGCUUCAGCAGCUAGUGGCUGCGCGAAACGGCUCCAUUUGCAACGCUCCUAGUACCUCCUUCCCACUUGCUCCUUCUAUCCUGCCCUUCCUGUCUCCUCACUCUCGCCUAACCUCUUCCCUCUCUCCUCCCCUCUCUUCUUCCUCACCUCACCCUCUCCUCACCUUCUCUCCCCCCUUUCCCGUUCCCUCCCUCACCUCCCCCUCGCCCCCUUCCUCCCCCUCUCCCCCGCGCCACUCCCCUCGCCCAUGCGCUGAGAGCGCAGCGCCUCUGUGCCUGUGGCGGGGGUGUGCGGCGCUCAUGAACCGCACACUCGUCAUCCCCACGCAGGGCAUUGACUACGACUACGAGGCGCCGCUAGACCUGGGGGCAUUCGACGAGUGCAUGGGCCCUGGGCGCGUCAUCACCUUCUCAGCCUACAACGCCUCAGUCCGAGGCCGCGUGCGAGUGGGCCGCUACAUCUGCCACGUGCACGUGUACCAGACCGACCAGGCCUGCGACUCUCUCCGCCUCUCCUACGAGGCGCGCCUGCACGCGUCCUUUGCCAAGCAUGAGAUCGCCCGCAAGAGAACACCCAGCCCCUGGUUCAAAUACCCCACCGCGGAGUUUCUCAGAAAGUUCCACGGGGACCACCACGUGAUUGCGUUUGCGAAUAUGUUUGGCGUGGGCGGGAGGGAGCUGAGGUUCCAUGGGAGAGCGCCGCUGGUGGUGCGCCCGGAGUGCCGCGGGCUGCUGCAGCCCAGCCGCGCGAUCCAGGAGGCGGCGGUGGGGUUUAUCAACACGUUUCUUGGCUCGCGCUUCAUUGCCAUUCACCUGCGCAGGGGCGACUUCUUCCAUCACUGCAUUCACGGCGACGGCAGUCGCAGGGCGGUGCCGUGCUUCCACCCCAUCCACCAGCUCACACUCUCUUUUCAUCAAGUUCUCAAACCCCUUCUCCCGUACCCCUCAACCUCACUUCUUCACACUGGCUCGUGCCUGCCCACGCCUACCCCUCCCCUCUCUCCUCCUCCCAGAGGCGACUUCUUCCACCACUGCAUACACGGGGACGGCAGUCGCAGGGCGGUGCCGUGCUUCCACCCCAUCCACCAGCUCGCGCGCUGCCUGCACUCGCGCCUGCAGGCGCUGCCCGGCUCUGCCAUGGUCUUUGUGGCCAGCAAUGCCGGGCAGGAGGAGAUGCGCGCCCUGUCAGAGACACUGGCCACGCUCGUGAGUGGGGAGGGGUAG